GAGAAACACAAGUGUAGGCGUGCUGAGUGACGUCACCAUCCCAAGAGCCGCCCUUUCUCGGUUGUAAGAGCGCGCACACGCGGCCCCUUGCCACGCGCUGAAUUCCUGCGCGAAGCCUUUCCCGUGGCCCAACCUCAGUUUCAUACUUUCCAUAAGCAUGGAGGCGUUUGACCUGAGCCGAGUGCUCGAGCUGCUUCGGUCCAUCUACCCGCUCGUGCAGACGCUGGAGGAGUUCGCCGAGAGCCUGCAGUUCAAAGAAGGGAGGAAGGCGACGCUCGUGGAGGCGAGCGACUCGGAGCUGUACCGGACGUUCACGAGGACGCUGGUCGUGUGCAGGGACGGAGUUCUGCGGCAGACGCCCAGCUGCGCUCAGAUAACGACAAUGCCGGAAUUGCUGGCAUUUGUGCUGAACACCAUCAAGAACAAGAAGAGGAGGAACGUGCUCUCUUAUGGAUACGUCCUGUAUGACUCCCACUUUGGACAUACUGAUCUGUUUAAGUUGCAUGGUGAAAUCACCUUGAGUGCUGCCUAUAUUCAUGGAAGUGACUUUUGGAAGAAGCUCAAUCAGAGACUGGGCACAGAUAUUACAAAAUACCUGCUGGAGAGCUGUGCAGUUUUUUUGGCCAUUCCCCCCACCUGUCUCUUACAGGUGUGCGGUGUGCCCAUCUAUGACUGUGUCACCACAGAAACCAGUUCCAGGUUCUGUCUCAGCAAACCAAAGACAUCUUUUCAGCAUCGGUGGCUAAGAAAGGCAACACCAAAACCCAAACAGGAAGUUCGUGGUCAGGGGCGAAGGAGGUGUGCCCGCUGGUCAGCUGAGAGACCGAGCAGGGCAGGGAAGCGUAAACACACUGAGAAGAAGGACUGUGAAAAGCAGGAAGAGAAGGAUGGAUUGCCAGAUGGGGAACCGCUGCCAAAGAGGAGAAGUGUCCCCUUGGUGGUGGCGAGUCCUGCCUGGAGGUCAGGUACAUUCCCUCCACCGAGGCCUUCUAGCUGCUUCAUUCGAAUCCUGGGCCUGCUGUAUUCAGAGCAGGGCUUUAAGAGCUUUCUGCUCAACAGAAAGUUAAAGGGAAGAGUAGAUGGACCACGGCGUCUUCGGGGGAGAGAUAUGGUAAAGCUGGUCUUCUUUGAAGGCCUGGCUUAUCUGAAUGGUGUGGAGAAGAAGCCUAAGAAACUGCCCAAGCGAUUCCACCAAAUGGAGGACAUCUUUACCCAGCUCCUUCGCAGACACAGGAAGUGCCCUUACAUCAAGCUGCUGGAGAGAAUGUGUCCAAUAGGGCGUACUGAUGGAGACAUGAACUCUCUCCUGCCCCAGCACAACACUUCUCAUCAGGUGUACCUCUUCACCCGGGAGUGCCUCCAUCGGGUGAUCCCUAAUGAGUUCUGGGGUUCCUCUCACAACCGCGUCCGGUUCUUCUGCUGCGUGAAACGGUUCCUGAGCAUGGGCAAGUUUGACCGACUCUCCCUCUCCCAGCUCUUGUGGAAGAUGAGGGUAAAUGACUGCAACUGGCUUAAGAUCAGCAAGAAUGGCCGUUGUCCACCCAGUGAGCAUCGCUAUCGGGAACGUACCCUGGGCCAGUUCCUGGUCUGGCUGGUGGACGGGUACGUUGUGGGCCUGGUGCGGGCUUUUUUCUAUGUCACCGAGAGCAUGGGCCAGAAGAAUGCAUUGCGCUUCUAUAGACAUCCCGUGUGGCGGCGUCUUCAGGACCUUGCUUUCAGCAAUCACAUUUUCAAAGGCCAGCUGGAGCUGCUGACCCAAAAGCAAGUAGCUGCCCUGCCGAAAACCGUAGGACUGUUUCGUUUGCGCUACAUCCCCAAGUCAAGUGGCAUGCGGCCCAUCACCAGGAUGACGAAGAUGAACUUUCGCAGUUGGUCCUUUCAGUCACGUCUUAAAGAGCUGCACAAUGUCUUGCAAGUGUGCGUACGGGAGAGACCUUCUCUUCUGGGAUCCACCGUGUUUGGAGUUCAAGACAUCCACAGGGUGCUGGGUCAGUUCUCAGCUCUGCAGAAGGAGUACCCCUGCCCGCUCUAUUUUGUGAAGGUGGAUGUUAGAGGAGCCUACGACAGCCUUCCUCAUGACAAACUACUGCAGGUUGUCAGUGAGGUGCUGUUACCCAUGAAAAGAAAAACCUUCUUCAUUCGCUCCUAUGCCCAUGUGUGGGCUGAUCCUGGUGGGGGUGUGAAGAGGGCUUUCCGACGACAGGCGGAUCUACAGGAUAACGCCAGGGCGUCCAUAAGAGACUUUGUUGCGGACUUGCAGGAGGUGGGGAAGAUUCGUGAUACCAUUCUGGUGGAGCAGCAUUUUUCCACAGAUGUUUGUGGUAAAGAUGUCUUUGAAUUCUUCCGGGAGAUGCUGGCCCACUGCGUCAUCCAGUUUGAAAAGAAAAUUUUCCGGCAAUGCCGUGGGAUUCCGCAGGGUUCAGUGGUGUCCAUGUUCCUGUGCUGCCUGUGUUACGGACACAUGGAAAAUUCUCUCUUCCGUCACAUUACGGAGGAAGGAGGGUGUUUAAUGAGGCUUGUGGAUGACUUCCUGCUAAUCACUCCUGACCAAAGUAAAGCUCAGUUCUUCCUCAAAACUUUGAUGGCGGGUGUUCCGGAGUAUGGAUGCUUUGCCAACCCUGAGAAGGUAGUGGUGAACUUUGCCGUGGAUGAUCUGACCAACACCUCUGGAAUAUGCCAGCUGCCUUUUCACUGCCUGUUUCCGUGGUGCGGCCUUCUCCUGGACACCAACAGCCUGGAUGUCUAUGGUGACUACUCAAGCUAUGCAGGCCUGUCCCUGCGCUGGAGCCUGACUCUGGGCUCCACUCCAUGUGCUGGACAGCACAUGAGUAAGAAGCUUAUGGCAUUGUUGAAGCUGAAGUGCCAAGCCAUUUUCUUGGAUUUGAAAAUGAACUCUCUGCCGGCCGUGUACAAGAAUAUCUACAAGAUAGUGCUACUUCAGGCUUACAGAUUCCAUGUCUGUGCCCGGAAUUUGCCCUUUGGGCAGAAGAUCAGCAAGAACCCCCAGUUUUUUCAGCUGAUGAUCUGGAAGAUGGCAAAGAAGACUCAUCUACUCAUAAGGCAGCAUAACAGAGGGGAUUGCUUGGACUCCCCAUGUUCCUCUGGUCGUCUGCAGUAUGAAGCAGUGGAACUGAUGUUCUGCAUCUCCUUUCUCGCCACCAUGUCCCAUUAUAGACAUAUGUAUAAGUGCCUCAUUCCACAGUUACACAAGCGAAAGAGAAAGCUGGAGGGGAAACUGGGCGAUGUGAGGCUGGCCCUUGUCCGUCAAGCGUCCACACCCCAAAUCCCAGAUGAUUUCCAGCUCAUCAGAAUCUGAGCCACUACAUCCAUAGAGG